UGUUGGUUUGUGGUAGUGGCGUUGAGCGGGUGUGUCUUUCGUUGCGAGUCUCCUGUAGUGAUUCUCAGCGAUUAAACAUCGGCCCGUUUGAGUGAUUCACGGUGCAAGACCGAAAUCAUCAUCCAGAUCAGCUACCAAACAAACCCCGAGUUCUUGACAGAAAGUCUGAAAACCAAACUGACGUCAUGAUUGAGCAUCUUCCACUGGGCGUUGACCCCGAGACAUCGGCUGCCAAAAUGGAGAACGACAAGAAGAAGAAAGUGAAAGAGACAAAGAAGAAAAAGAAGAGCAAGGUUGCUUUGUUCACCAGAGCGGCCUUGAGAUGGUUCUGCUUCUCUCCCAGUGAUGAGCCGUUCAGAUUCCCAUCCUCUGAUGAUUAUGAGGUCUAUGAGAAGAGGAUGGUGGAGGAGGAGGAACUGAAGGAGAUGAAGCAGGAGGAGGAGGAGGUGGUGAUGACGGAGGAGGAGGAGGUUGUGAUGACUGAGAAAGUGAACGAUAACACGAAGGAAGAGAAGACAGAGGAGGAGGUCAAGAAAAGAAAGGAGGAGGAGAUAAGCAGCCAGCUGUCAGAGGAGUUCUGGAGAAUGAAAUUGAGGGAGGAGGAGAAGGAAAGUGUGGUGGAGGAAAAUGAGGAAAUAAAACACAUUGAAAAAGCGGAAGUGGAGGACAUGGAGAAAGACAAAGUGAAGAAGAAGACAAAGAGGAGAAGGAGGCCGAGGAGAAACCGCAGGGUGGAGGAGGAGGUGAAAGGACAGGAAAGUGAGGAGGUGGAAAAGAGCAUGGAGGAGAAAGAGACAAUAACUGACAUCGUAAGAAAGGAGGAGGUGGAGGAGAGGGUGGCGAACAGGAGGAGGAUGACCACAUGGACAGUUGACAGCUUGAAAGAGGAGUUGAACAGAAAGUUCCCGAUACACAAGCAGCACAUGUGGCCCAACAACAGACCUGCCUCCAAGGCCCAGGCUGCACGGCGGGGGAAAAACCGCCAUAUUCUGUUAUGGGGACAGAGAAACGUGUAGAACUCAAUAAAGUUGUGUUGAACAAAA